AUGCUUGUUAAAAAGUACCAGUGUACUUUCGAGGGAUGCAACAAAGCAUAUAAUCGGCCAUCCCUCCUACGGCAGCACGAAAGAGUCCACACUAAUGAGCGGCCCUUUGUUUGUGAAGUGGAAGGCUGUGGUAAGACUUUCACCCGGAAAAACCACUUGGAGAUCCAUCAACACUCACACCAGAGUAACGACCAAAAACCGUUCCAUUGCAAGAUCUGCGGGAAGGGAACCAUCUCCCACCCGUUAUUGAGACGACACGAGCUCACGCACACGAAAAAGUACAAGUGUACUUAUGAUGGAUGCUCACAAGCGUUUUAUCAUCACAAAUCGUUGAAACAUCACAUUGACACUGUGCACGAGCAAGUUUACACAUGCGGUAUUUGUAACAGGCAUUUCCAGCGUAAGUCACUUGUCCUUGAACACAAGAUGAAGCACCAUGGCCAGAUGUACUCGCAUCUGUGUCCGGUUCCCGGAUGCUUUGAGAUUUUUAAAACUCCCGCGUUACUACAGCGCCAUGUUGAUGAAGUACAUCCAAAGUUAAAGUGUGAUAUAUGUGGACUCCUCUGUGACAAUAGCAAAGAGCUCAAAGCGCAUGUUCUAACUCAUCCGGAAUCUCAGGCAAUGCAGGCUUUGUUCCAGUGCCAAACAUGCAACACCGCCAAGUUUGUCACCAAGACGGAUUUGAUCAAACAUUAUUGUGACAUGCAUAAUCGAGAAUUCCCUCAAGGCUUCCUUAAUGAAACGGAAGCGGCAAAUGUAGAUGACAUUGUUGACCAAGCAAAUCUGUCUUCUCUUCAGUCAAUACGACGCGAACAUCUGCUUCCCGAAAUUGUUGACGAAGAUGAUACCCCCCAUACGAGGGGUAGACCAAAGGUUGACAAACCUUUAUCUGCUUCACCAUUGCCAGAUGCAGACCAGUCAGUGAUCAAGAUGAUUCUGGGAAACUAUACCAAAACGUAUGUCUGUCCGAAAAAGAACUGUCAACGCAAGUUCACUCGGCGACACGCCUAUAUCAAGCACCUUAAACGACACGAGCAAAUUUUGGAGAAAGCUGAUGAGUAUUUGAAAUCAAUCGGCGCAGACGAAUCCACUUCUGCAAACGAUGAUACUCUGGACCAUUUCUCGGACUUGGAAGAUUUUGAUGUCAUGAGCGAGUUUGCUCAAACUACAGAGGACCAGGGAACAUCCCCCAGUAUGCAACAAGCAGAGCCCACAGAAGCUGAAAUAAAAAAGACAGAACUGGAGUUGGAUGCGCUCAUCUUUGUGGAGCUUCUGGAACUCCAACAAUAA